AUGACUCUCAUUUCAACUCGUCGCAAAACUAACCCUCUUUCUGGCAUCGUCAACGUCAUCAUGGUUAACCGAGGACGUUCCAAAGGCUUUGUUACCUGCAAACAACGACGCGUCAAAUGCGACGAGGCGAAGCCUGAAUGCUGGCAUUGUCAGCGCCUUGGACUCCGCUGCGAAGGCUACCAAACGAAUUAUUGCAACCAAAAGUUCAGAGACCAGACCCACAAGUUCUUCAAUUCAGUUGUUCAGGGCCGGGAUUGCUUGCCUAGCCCUAGGGAUCCGAAAGGAAUAUGA